AUGGACAGACGACCUUCUUAUAAUACAAUUGCACAAUCAAGAGAAGAAUUUUAUAAUUUAGAUUAUCCAAAUACUAUUGAUAAAUUAAAAUUUGAUGUAAGCUCGAGAUUUUAUUCAAGAUCAAAACAAAGAACUUUAAAUUUGACAAAAUUAUUACCUUACAAUGUUGAAAGUGAACAAGAUAAAGCAAAGUUUUUAAGUCAUAUUGUUUCUCAUUUAUAUAUUGCUAUUAAAACAUUGGAUAUUCAAGGUGUGCUACUGGUAAGUGCUAAAGAUCUUGCAAAUAUAAAAGAAAUUUCAGAUGUUGAUAUGACUAUGGAAACUGAUUUAUUUGAAGGUAGUUAUGAUUCUGAUGAAUCUAUGGAAUCAGAAGUAUUUGAUGAAGAAGGUGAAAAUGAUACUGAAACUACAAGUCAACAUAAAAAAUCUCCUAAAUCAGCAGCUGUUGUAAAUGUUAGAACUUGGACUCAUGAAUUAUUAGUGUGGAUGAAAAUGAAGUAUGACAUGCCUAUAAGUUUAAGAAUUAGUUUAGUCCGAGUUUAUUAUGCACUUUGUUUAACUCGUGGUCAAUCUAUUAACAUGAAACUUUAUGUAAAAGUAUUUGAAAUACUUACAAAAAAUUAUCGUGAUUUGUAUAAAUAUGGUUUAAGAUUAGAGCAUGAAGAUUUACUUCAAGAGUUUUUAAAUUUAUUUCCAUCGGUUAAUCCAAGUAUAAUAAAUUAUGAAAAAAAAGAUCAAAAACAACUCAGUCGUUUAGCAACAAGAGCUUCGUAUUUUUUUGAUAAAUCAUGUUUGCCAUACUUAUAUAAACAAAUUGGUUGCCAUUUUUCAUCAACUUCUUUAUUAGUCAUGACAUGUUUUUCAAUGUUACCCAAUUUUUUCAAUGAAUCAAUUGAUGAAAAUGAUAUACGUUAUUAUAUUGGGUCUUUUUUUUAUAUGUGGAUGAAAAUUAAUAAAAUUCAAGGCUUUGAUGCCCAAGUAACUUCAAGAUUAGGUGCUAUGUCAAUGGCUGCAUUAGCUGAAAAUGUGAGAUUAGGAGAAUAUGGUAUUUAUACAAAAGAACAAAUGGAAUUUUUAUUCAAUACAUUACUUAAUAGUUUGAGUAUAAUGAAUAGAAAAUAUUCAUCACAUAAAUUAAAAUAUUUUCAUGGAUAUGCUUCUGCUAUUGUUUAUUCUAUUAGUUCAUCGAGUAAUGAAAUUAUUCAACAUUUAAAAACUUUAGUAAAUGCAAUUGAAAGUUAUGUACAUCCUUCCAAUACAGGAGAUUGGACAAGACCAAUAUCGAAAUUGGUAAUUGCAUUUGUUUACCAAUUUCAUAAACGUUAUAAUUCUGAAAAUCAACCAAAGGAAACUUUAUUUGAAUUAUCUACCGAAACGAAAUUGACUAAAUCAAUAGUUAAAGAAUUUGUCAAUAUUUUUCUUCCAGUUGUAAAAAUUGGUAUACAAUCCAAACUGGAAAGUGCAACUGAUGAUUACAUUGCAGCAUUACAAUUAUUAGGGUUGUUGGAUCCAGAAUAUGUUUUAGAAAAUACUUUAUUGGAUAUUUAUGAAUCACUAGAAGGAGUUAUUGCAACACAUAGAGUUUCGAUAGCAUUGAGGGCUUUAGGUGCGUUAUCUAGAGUAUUAGUUUCCACACCUAUAUAUCGAGUACAUGUUACAAGAUUACUUUCAUUAGCUAUACCGGGUAUUGAUUCAAAUGAUUUGGGAAAAACUGUUGUUACCUUUGAAUUUUUUUCAGCAAUUGCCAAUUAUACUCCAAUUUAUGAUUUAACUGAAGGUGAAGGAAAUCCAUCAUUAGCUUUAGAAUUUACUCAAGAGCAUUUAGAACAUUUAAGAAGAAAAAUUUAUAAUGAUGUUGAAUUUCCUAUUGAUGAACAAUUGGAGAUUGAUGCAUUAAAAUCAUCAACCUCCGCUUAUCGUGAAUUAAUAAGUAGUUUACUACAAAAGUUGUUCACUUUAUUUGAAAAUUUACCUGAUCCUGAAAAAAGUUCAAGUUUUGAGAGUGAUUUAUCUAGAGUUUUACCAAAAUAUUUAUUUAUAAUUUUCGAGUCAAUUUCAGAUGAUUUAUUCAAAGGUUUUAAAAAUGAAUUUUUUGAUUUUAUUUUUAAUAAUACUUAUCAUUUAGCCUCAACUGCAGUAGCUGAUAUUUGUGGUGGAAUUGUUAAAAGAGCUCCCAAGUGUUUCAAAAAGCAUGCACGUUUAUUGAUGGAGAAAAUUAGGGAGGAAAUCGAUGAAAAUGGAGCUGGUAAAAGUCAAGAAGUUGUUUCAAAAGAUCAUGCAUUAGAGUGGUAUCUAACAAUUUUAGGCGAAUGUGUUGGAAAUGCAGGCUCUCAAAUAACAAGUAUGGAAGACUUGAGGUCAUUUUCAUUUUAUUUAAUGGAUAAUGUUAGAGGAGUUUUAUCAUAUCAAUCAAAUUAUUUUAUAAAUCAAGUUCUACAAACUGUUACCAAAAUAAGGUUAUUAGAAUCUAGAUUAAUUUCACCUGAAUAUCAAAAGAACUUUGGAAUUACAGAAAAAUGCUGGGGAGGAUUUUGGAAUCAAGAUUUUAGAUUUUCAAAAGAAAACACUACAUUCCAAUGGUUUAUACCUGAUGAAAAAGAUGUUACAUUUGCAAUUGAUUUUUUCAAUAGUCAUGUUAGUAAAGCAUUGGACGGAAUCAAAGGAAUUAUCGACACUCAUGACUCCAAUAUAAAAGCUACUACUAAAUCUUUAGAGGAUUUAAAGGCAUACCUUGCCAGUCUCUCUUAUUGUUUAUCAGGGGUCUCAUUUUUAUUAGAUCCUUGUUUCGAAGAGUAUAUUCCUAAAAGUACAGAAUCAAUACAGCAAAGAUUGCAACUACUUAAACAAAUUAGAGAAAAUAAAGGUUCUACACAAAAAGAUAUAGUUUAUGAUAUGGAACAAAUUAUAAAUGAUUUAGAAGAAUCAUUUAGUCCAGAUACAUCAAAAAUUGAAGAAACUCCGUCAAGACCUUCCUCAGUUGAGUUAGAUAAUUCACCAGUUGAAUCAGGUAGAAAUACUCCACAAAUCGAAGGUUUUGCUGUCAACACUAAUCCGGUUUUAACAUUUAGAGAAAGAAGUUUAUAUACAUCCAAUUACUUUUUCAAGGAAAAAACAGAUUUAUAUUUUAAAGUUCAUAAAAUUAGAAGUCUUAUUGGUAAAUGUUUGCAAGUUGUUUAUAAUUUUCUUAUAGACAACUUUGGUGAUAAUAUAAAAGUUUUUGAAUCAUAUUUACAAGUAAUUCAAGUUUGGUUUGCAAAUGUUGGAAGGGAACGAUCUUUAGGUCCUAGUAAUGCAACUAUUAGCUAUGCAUAUUUAUGCUACACUCAAACAAUUAAUAGAAUGAGAAAACCAUUUACAAGAAUUGCAAUAGGAGCUAGAUUAGAAUCAUAUCAACUGUUUAGAUUAGCUUUUCAUGCAACUCCAAGAACAGAAACAAGUUUAGAUAAAGCUUUAUUAGAGAAAUUAACCAAAUUAUCUGUAUCUACAUAUUCGAAUCUUGCAGCUAUGGCGCAAUCGAAUUUAAUUGAAGCUAUAAAAAGAGUCACAGGUGCAUAUAAUAUAAUUGUUAAAACUGGUUUCAAAGAAUUAGAAGAAGCUUUGAAGAAUGGUAAGCCUAAAAAAAUUGAAAGCUGUUUAAAAUUAUUUCAUGUAAAGAAAAUCAAACUGAAAUUACAACUUGAUGUCAAUUAUAUUCAAAGAUAUGUCGAUUUAUUACAUCAAUGUUUCAAAGUGGAUGAUUCAGAUGUACAAAAAAUCGCAAACUCUUUGUAUUCAGGAGUCAAACAUUUCUUUUUACCCAGUUCUGUUUGCAUCAUUAAAAGUAUCGAGAUGAUUAGACCACCAGAUCCAUAUAUUGAUUUAGAAAUACAAGCUUUACAAUUAGCCAAAGACAAAAAGAGAAGACAAUUUUUUGAAACUUGGGAAAAAUUACAAGAUAAAAUUAUCAAUUAUAAAUGUUCACAUUGGAAAACUACUUUGAUAAAUUUAGAAUUAUUGGAGCAUUUACAAUCUCAUUUCAGUAUUCAAACUAGAAAAGAAUCUUUGAAUUUAUUACUAGAAGAAGCUAUUAAUGAUCAUCCCGUUAUAUCUAGACUUGCAUUACAAGGUAUUACAAGGGGUAUAAGCAAGUUAAUUUACUUAUCAAGUUAUGACUAUGAUUUGAAAAAUGCAUUUGAUUUGUAUUACAAAACACAAGUUAGAACUAUUGAUACUUCAGAUUCUUAUUUUGAAACUUUUAAAAAAGAAAUGAAUAAACCAACGUAUUUUGUUGAUACAAAACCAGAUGUAGGGUGGUUGUUUUGGAACUCAACAUUAACGGUAAGUGAUACGAAAAAAGUUGAAUUAAAACCUAAAGAUUUCAAUGUUGCUCAAUUAAAUAUUGAUAAAGAAUGGUUUUCCAAAGUUGUAAAAUCUUGGAUAACAGAUGCAGAAACUCAUUCUUCAUUUCAAAUUGGUGAUGUAUUUUUGUCAGCUACCGUUACAUUCUUAAUAAGUUAUGGAUGGAUACCGCUUAAAUUUACGGAAUUAUUUGAAAUUAUUGAACAAGUUUAUGUUUUUGAUGAAAAAUCAUCUCAUUUAGUUGUUAGUGAGUUAAUAUCUGGUAUAUUGAUUGCCUCAAAAUAUUUAACACCUGAAAUGGAAGAACAACGUGACAAUUUUAUUGCACCGUUUUUGACUAGAAUUUUCGACGAUGUCAGUCCUGACACCAGCGGUGUUUGGACCGUGUUCUUGUUGUGGAAUCCGUCUCAUACGGAUUCUCGAAGAUAUAAAAAUAUCUCGGAUAUCAUUUUAACAUUCAAGUCAUCAGAUUCCCCAUUUAAAGAAUCAAGUAGACUUUCAUAUAUUAGAAGUAUGAUUUCAUCAAUCUCAUGGAGACUUGGAGAUCCUGAAAAAUAUUUAGAUUUAUGUUUACAAAAUUUAAAUCAUAGAUAUGCAACUGUUAGAAAUGAAGUUGGUAAUUUAAUGGCUGUUUUGUCGUUGAUUUACUAUGUUCAAUCAAUUGACAGUAGUGAAAAAUUUUUAACGCAAAAACAUCCAUUAUAUAGAGAUAGUAUAUUUAUUGCAAACGUUGGCAAAAUUUUUGAUCAAGUUGAAAUUUGGAGGAAAGAAGUAAUUCAUUUAUCACCACAAGAAAUUUUAAAUACAAAUUAUAUUUAUGCAGCAACAACUGUUUUACAAUGGUUAAGACAACAAUUGAAUACAAAUUUUUGCAUAAUGUUCGAACAAUUUUUAGAUUAUGUUGUUCCAUUUUUAUUAAAUUUAAUUGAUUUGAAAGAAGUUUGUCAAUUAGGUAAUAUUGAUCCAAUUACAGUUUUAAAAAAAUUAUCACAAAUCCCAUUUACAAAUUUAGAAAAAGUUAUAAAUAUAUUAUCCAUUUCAAAUUUAAAUUUAAUUCAAACAUUAGUAUUUGGUGAGUUUAUGGAAACAGUUUAUUUCAAAAACUUAUUUAAAUUAACAUUGGAACAAAGAGAAAAAGUGUUUGAAUUAUGUAAUUCUAGAUUAUCUCAUAAACUGGUCGAAGUCAGAGAAGCUGCAGCAGAGUCAUUAUCUGGAUUAAUUCAUAUUUCACCAAAUAUUGAAACUUUUGUAAACAAUUUAUCAAAAGAAUUUACAAAGGAGCUUGAUAAAACUCGAAGAAAUAAAUCAAAAGGAUUUACAAAUGAUGAUAUAAUUAAAUUACAUGGAGCUACAUUAGGUCUCGGAGCUUUAGUUCAUGCAUUUGCAUUUCAAUCGCCGCCACCACCAUGGGUACCGGAAAUUUUAACAACAAUUGCAAAUAAAUGUACUGGAUUACCAGGAGUUAUUGGUAAGACUGCAAAAGAAUCCUUAGGUAAAUUUAAAAAGAAUCGUCAAGAUAGUUGGCAUAUUGAUAGUAAAAUUUUUAGUGAAGAACAAAUUCAAGAUUUAGAAGGAGUUUUAUGGAAAAGUUAUUUUAUCUAA